AUGCGCGCCGACGGCAAGUCGGACGAGUACUUCGCCGCUGCAGCUAUCAGGCUGGUGUACUUCUUCAAAGAAUCGACGUCCACAGGGACCUCUGGGGAGAGGGAGCUGCUGCCGCUGGAGCCCGCCGUUCGUGAGGCGGUCUCCGACGUCGCGGCAGCGCAGUUCGAGCAGUUCAGGCGUUUGCGGGAGGUUUAUCUUCAGCAUCGGGCUCGAGCCGGCCGACGCAGGGCGGAGCUGGCCAAUCGCGCGAGAUCGUCGAGACGCCCGGAGGUCGGGGACAUGGUUUUGUUCAAGGACCCGAAGCUCUCCAAGGCCGUGGCCGGGCACGCUCCAGGCCGCCGGCCUCUGCGUGGCCCCUUCGAGGUCCUCUCCACGAAGGGCAACGUGGCCACGUUGCGGGACCCCGAGACCCAGCAGGUGCUCAAGGACGUCCACGGGGAUUUCUUGGUCGGCGUCCCGGGCUUGGUUGACGACACGGAGCGCAUCGUGAAGUUGGAGGAGGACGACGGCCGUGGCAGGGCCUCUGCCGGACAGCUUCUGGCAGCGCGGCUGGCCCCUGGAGGCGGCGAGGCCGCCGAGGCGCUGGCGCCGCGCGUGAAGGCGCGGAUGCGAGAGGUGAAGGUCGGGCGGCUUGUCGCCUACCAGGGCGAGGAGGCGAAGCGCUGCAGGGUGGGCAAGGUGCUGAGCCUGGCCGAGGACCUGAGCAGCGUGACGGUGCACGUGUACCAGGCGGCGGUCGACGGACGGCUGCAGGUGGUCUGGACAGCGGCGUACGACCGCCAGGAGGGCGCGGACUUCCAGCGGCAGAGAGUCGAGACACUGGAGGCGAAGCAGGUGCUGGGUGUCGUGGAGCUCAACAAGGGCGUGCUGAACCACUCGGCAGCGAGCAGGCUGGCGCGGGCCGGCUGGCGGCUGGACGAGGGGGCCGUGCGUCACGGCGCCUUGGCGGCGGCGGCAGUAACGCCGGCCGCGCCACGGCUCUCCGACCUCCCCUCGAGCCGCGUCAUCGCGCUCGUCGCAGCUUGCCGCCCGCUCGAGGAGCUCGACCUGAAGAUCGGCGAGGUCCAGGCGUGGGCGCACGGCGCUCCCCUCUUCGUGGAGAUCUUCGACGGGGUCGGGAGGCUCUCGCAGGCGGUCCGGAGCUUAGGCGCGGCCAACGCGGUGUGCAGCGUGGUGGCCGGCAUCGACCUCAAGCGCAGGACGUACGGGCAGUACUGGGACCUCAGCAGGGCUAAGGACCGUGCCCGGCUGCGCUACCUGCUCUUCGAGGUGCUGAGGCCGGCAGGAGCCCACUGGGCGCUCCCUUGUGCUAAGUGGAGCAGCCUCGGGGGCCACCAGCCCGACGCCAACGCGCACGCGCUAGCCUCCUUCACCAUGGACGGCCUCGAGCACUUCGACGGCGCGGGCUGCCUGGCCUCCUUCGAGGGCCCGCGAGCGCACGCGCUGGUGGCGAGCGUGGAGUGGCAGCAACGGUUCGGGUCAGCCGAGGCGCCGCGCGGGCGCUGGCGUUACGUGCUCCCCGACGGCUGCAUGUUCCACUGCAGGAGCCCGGAUGAGGAGCCCCUGGCCAUGCAGAAGCCGUGCGUCAUCGUGGGCAACUUCCCGCUGGACUUGCUGGACGUCCAGUGCCGCCGUGGAGCGCUGCGGCCGCUAGGGCGCGGCCUCGAAGGCGUCGGGGUCGCCUCCGCGGAGCUGGGCAGCGUCGCCGGGAGCUCCAUGAUCGGGGCCGCGCGGGCGCUGGAGGGGCCCCGCAUGCCCUGCGAGCCGGGACGCGCGGCCGCUCCGGCUGCUGGGGCGACGAGGUCGGUGGACAAGCUGAGCGACGCCGAGAUGGCGGAAAAGAAGGCACGGCGGGAGCCGGCGGCGGCGGCGGCGAAGAAGAAGUGGGCCGAGCUGGCCAAGAAGGGUGACUGGGACCAGGUGCGGAUGCCCGGCAAAUGCUUCAGGUUUGCCGAGGUGAAGGUUUCGCCGAGGCGCUCUGCGGAGUACAAGGCCAAGGUUCUGGAGGCGGUCGGGCUCGUCGGCGAGUGCGCGGGCUACAAGCACCUGGGCAGCCAGGAGCUGGAGGCGCUGAAGGAGAUGAUCAGCCUGAAGGCCGAGGCGUUCUGGGUGAAGGGCACCGCGCGAACGGUCAUGCGCGGCUUCAAGCACGACGUGGUGACGACCGGCUUGCUUGUGCGUGGGCCGCCGAUCCGCCUGAAGGGCCCCGAGGCUUCCAUCGUCCGCGAGGAGCUCGAGGCGGGCGUGGAACAAGGACUGUACUCCAGGGGGACCUCGCCCUGGGGCAGCUGGGCCUUUCCGACCAAGGAGCACGCGAGCGGCCGGAGGCGUCGGACCGUCGUGGACUACCGCAUGGUCAACCGCAGGAUGGUGAUGUUCGUGUACUACAUCCGCCGGUGCCGAGACGUCAAGGGCGAGCUGGUGGGCUGCGCCUUCAUCUCCGGCAUGGACGGCGCUCGCGGCUUCAACCUCCUGGUCAACACUGAGCACGCGAAGGAGGUCCUGGCUGUGCUGGCGGACUGCGGCUGCUACCUCCCCGAGGUGCUGCAGCUGGGGCCAGCGACGGGGCCCUUCGACUUCCAGUUCUGCACCGACGAGCUGUUCACCGGCACCGGCCGCGGACGCUACGGUUCGGUUUGGAAGAACUACAUCGACGACUUCUGGGUCAGGACGGGGCAGUGGCUGAACGGUCGCGCCUACACCGACCGAGAGCACGAGGAGAUGCUGGCAGCGGCAUCCCCCCCCCCGGCUGCCUCUCGCCCGCUGGGCGACUCGCUGGCAGCAGCCGGGUUCGCGGGGACUCGCAAGGCCAGCCAGAGCUACGACCACGCCAAGGGCGUGCUCGUGGGGCUGUGCGUGGCGCAGUCGGCCACGGGAGCGGCGGCCAUGGACGGCGGCGGGGUUGCCUUGGCGAACGGCCUCCGCAUGCUGGUGGUGGCUGCCGCGGUGCGCACGGCAUCCUUGAUGGAUGAAGGGCUGCGCGCGGGCGUGCAGCUGACGCAGGACAUCUUCGAGGCGGCCGGCGACCUGGUCCAGAGCGUCUCCUGGAACCUCAGCGGCCUCAUCCACGAGGUGUGCGAGGGUGCGGUCCUGGUGGUGCGCGUCCUGGUCGUCGUGCAGUGCUGCUACGCUCUCUACUGCCUGCGCUCGUGGGUGGCUUGCCGUUCGCAGCGGGCGGCGCUGGAGCGGGCCGCCACCGCCGGCGAGGCGGCUCAGCGCGGACUCACGUCCAGCGCGCGAGCCUGCGAGGCCGGCGACGGGCCCGCCUUCGGCCGCGAGCCGAUGGCCAGGGCGGCAGCCGCUGGGAGGAGCCCGGGCGGGGCCCUCUCAUCAGCAGAUGGCGCCGCCAGCCCUGUGGUGGCGCUGUGGCGCGAGGCGGAGUUCGAGACGCCCCUGCUCGGAGCGGCGGCACGCCCCCGAGCGGAGGUCCUCCAGAUCCAGCGGAGCGCGGCGGUGGCGCUGCGGGACCUGGAGCACUCGGACCGCCAGCGCGCCGCGCGCGCGCGCGACCUGGCCGCUUGCGGUGCGGUGGUGUCCGCAAAGCUGGUGGAGGCUGCGCGCAGCUCAGCAGUGAAGGACGCGGGCGACCUGUGCGAGUUCGAGGUAGAGGUGGCCGGCAGCCGCGGCGUGCGGUAUGAUGUGCGGCUUCGCGCUGGACGCUCGGCCGCAGCGUUGCUCCCCGCGUCGUGCACCUGUGCCGACUUCGUCGGCGGCGUCGGCAGCCCCUGCAAGCACAUCGGGGCGGCCUGGUGCUGCGCGGUGGACGGCAACUUCAGCGAGCUGGUGGAGCUGGCGCUCGCGGCUGGCCGCAAGGAGGGAGCUGCCACUGGGCCUCAGCGACGCGCGGCCCUGGCGCCGAGCGACUCCCUUGGCCUCGCGGGGGCCGUGCGGGAGCUCCGCGACUCGGAGGCCGAGGUCGUGCGCCUGCGCGAGGAGGUCCAGCAGCUGCAGGCGCAGCUGGGGGCGACCUCCAGGCGCGAAGCCGUGACCGAGUUUCUCUCGGCGUCGGAGACGCUGGCGGCUUGGGCGCGGGCUUGCGGUGAGGCCGAGAGCUAUGUGUAUGUGGCGUGCUUCACCUUCGACCAGCCGGGCGUGGUGAACUACCUGGAGGCGGCUCGAGCUCGAGGCCUCACAGUCCGUCUGGUGUUCAGCGGCCGUGACAAGGCCUUGACCAACAACCAGGGGCCGCGCCUGCAGCGGCUCCGAGCCUGUGGGUGCGAGGUGCGCGCUCACAAGGGCUCGCGGCUGCACGCCAAGGUGAUGAUGACAGAGCGCGAGAUCGUGCUGGGCAGCUGCAACUUCACGACUGCCAGCCUGGGCAACGUGGAACGCGGGGCCAGCCUGCAGGAGCUAUCCGAGGAGACGGUGCUCGAGCAGAAGGAGUGGUUCGAGCAGCUGUUCGAGGCGGCGGCGCCCUUCAAGGACGGGAUCGGCCGGCUGGCGCGAGGCCGAGCGGCCGUGGCGCCGAGGCGUGAUGCGCUGGAGGCCCGCCGGGCGAGAGGCUCAGCGGCCGCGGCGCGGGGCGCUGGAGGCCAUCUGGGCGAGAGGCCCAGCGGCCGUGGCGCCGAGAUGGCAGGAGCGCGGCAUUUUGCUGCGCCGUCGACGUCCGGCAGCGCCGGGAGCUAUGAGCGACUGCAUGGCGCCGAGUUCGGCGACUUCGAGGAAUUCAUCGACUUCAUUUUUGUGGAGCGGCACGUCGUGGAGGACGUGCCGGGGCGCCUGUGCCGCGGAGACCGGAGCCGCAGCCGCAGUCGCGGCCGCAGCCGCAGCGGCAGCGGGGACCGCGACCAGAGGAAGAAGCCGGAGGACUACGGCGUGGACACCAUGAAGAUCACGGACGACGACGCCGCCUUCAUCCUCGGCAAGGGGGGCAAGACGAAGGAGAAGAUCGCACGCGUCUCCCAGUGUGAGAUCGAGCUGUUUGAGCGCGACCUCAUCUUGGAGCUCCGCGGGUCGAAGAUGGAGCGGAGGCGCGCGAAGAAGUACGCCGAAGGCGUCAUGGCGCAGCGCACCGGCCCCGUGACGAUCACCGAGGACUACGACGACGGGGACCUGACGAUGCUGAUGGUCCCCCAGGAGGCCGUCGGCUUCGUCACAGGCCGUGCUGGGAACUUCCUGCGGAGCAUCGAGGAGGAAUGGAAGACGUUGAUGUUCUUCUGCGAGGUGGACGGCAGCAAGGGCCGCGGCCGCGAGUACGAGAAGCUCGCCAUCUUCGGCGACGUGCGCGCGCGGCGCGGGGCGGAGCUCAAGGUGCUGAGCGCCGUGGAGACGAAGGUGCCAGGCUACCUGGACAAGAUCAAGGACGACGUUGUCAACAGGGACAGGGGCAAAGACAGCACCGGCACCUGGGGCACGGACACGAUGGUCUUCCAGGACGACGAGCUGUCCUAUGCGCUCGGCAAGCAGGGCGGCACGCGAAAGAAGCUCGAGCGGUCUUCGGGCGCCAUUGUGCAGUACGUCGGCAGCGUCGCCAUGUUCUCCGGCACCAAAGCCGAGCGCAGGCGAGCCAAGGAGUACAUGAAGUGGCUCUUCGAGCAGCUGGAGGGCCCCGUGUGGGUGGAUGGCUGGGAGGAUCGCGACGACAUCACGGUGGUGGAGGUGCCCAGCGACUGCAUCGGCUACAUCACGGGCAACCGGCGGGCGACGCUGGGGGCCAUGGAGGAAGAGUGGGGCACCCUGAUGUUCUUCAUGAACAAGGCCGAGGACAAGGGCCGCGGCCGCGGGGGCAGCGAGAAGCUCGCCAUCUUCGGCAGCGAGCGCGCCCGCCGCGGCUCGGAGCUCAAGGUCAUGAGCGGCGUCGAGACCAAGAGCCCUGGCUUCUUCACACGCGGCAUCCGGGAGAAGACCUCCGACAGGAAGGGCUUCGACACGGACAGGAUCAUAUUCAAGGACGACGAGCUCAGCUACGCCCUGGGCAAGGAGGGGGCCACGCGCAAGAAGCUCGAGCUGGCGUCGGGCGCGGUCCUCCAGUACGUCGGGCACGUCGCUUUCUGCGCCGGGGAUCUGAAGGAGCGCAAGCGCUGCAAGGAGUUCAUCAAUUGGCUCUUGGCGCAGCGCCGCGGCAGCGUCACAAUUCCCGACGUCUCGCGCCGCGAAGACUGCACGGAGAUGCACGUCCCCGAGAACUGCAAGGGCUGGGUGACCGGGAACCGCGGGAGCGAGCUGCGGCGCAUGGAGCAGGAGACGGGCACGUUCAUGUUCAUGGCUUUGGAUGCGCGCGGCGAGGAGCGCCUGCUCAUCUUCGGCUCUGACCCGGGCACCAAGACCGAACCCAGGGGCCGCAUGGCCGCGGAGCGGCUGGUCAACGAGAUGAUCCAG